UCAGACUAAUGCUAAUAAUAUUAUGUAACUUAAGCUAUUGGAUCCACAUUGUGUUCAUAAUUUAUGUAAUUAGUAACAUCGUAGAUUCUUAGAAGUUGGAAUUUCACAGAAGUCCACACUUUUCAACAAGUUUUUAGUUUUGUGUAAUGAUGAUCUGAUGUGGAUUUAGUACAAAGAAAUGAAGAAUUGACUUUUAUAUCCCUGAACACCUAUGUAUUUUAACAAUUUCUUAAUGUGAUAAUAACAAGAGGAUUCCAAAGAAUUUGUUUAUUUGUAUCUUAUCUGUCGUUGUUAUUAGUUGGAAACUGGGGACAAUUUCAUUUAAUCAUCGCCUAUGAUGCAUGAUUAACGAACGUUGAAUCCCAAAUGACAACAUUGCCCCUUAUAAAGAAAGGUCAAUUGACAUUAUGAUAAAAUGACUAAAAAACCGGAAAUGAAGUUGCAGAAUUUACAGUCUCUGCCAUUGGGACAAUCAUUCGGGUAUCAUCAUCAUUAUCCUUCUUUUUCUCCAUGGCAGAAACUCGCCCACCGUAUCUCGUCUUCGUCUUCUUCUUCACUUUAGCCGUUGCUACACAGACCACCGGUUCGGUUAAGUGCAAGACCGGUUCGCUCAGUUACCCGUUCGGUUUCUCCGACGGUUAUCCGAUCCGAUUCAACUGCUCUGAGAUAACCGGAGAGGCCGUGAUCGGUGAAUUCGCUGUGCAAGAAGUGACAAACACCAACAUAUACGUCAAAAUACCGCCGGUUUGCGAACGCGGGAUUGGUAAAAUCGAACAGCUCUUCCGGGAAAAUUUCGCUCCAUCGAAAUUACAGAACAUAAUUCUCGUCCAAGGAUGCACGGAACACUCUUUUGAUUGUUUAAUCCGGAGUAAAUUCGUUGAGGAUCGGUUAAAUAUCAGCAGAUGUAAAUCUCAGGUAAGCUGUUUCAACGGAACAACAACGACGACGAUUGCCGAUGUGAUGAGUAUCGGAGACGUUGUCAACGGAAGUGGAUGUAAGUAUUGGUUCUCUUCGAUUUCUCAAUCGCAAGUUUCGGUCAAUUUGGGUCGACUCAAGCUUGAUUGGUGGCUUAAGGGAAGUUGCAGUAACAUCACCUGCUCGGAGAACGCAGACUGUGCCAAUGUUAAGCUCGCCGACGGGGGACUCGGUCAUCGCUGCACUUGUCGCGAAGGAUUUAGCGGUAAAGCCUUCACCGUGCCUGGUGGUUGCCACCGAUUAGUUCGUAAACGCAAAGGACUACACAAACUCAUUGUUCUUGGUACUGCAGGGAUUUUGGUUGGAGUUUUAGUAAUUGCGGUCUUGAUAGUUACAUAUAUCUUCCGGAACAAGCGAUCUGCAAGAACAUCAAUCGCGAAUCGCUUACUUUGCGAGCUAGCCGGAAACUCCAGCGUUCCUUUCUACACCUACAAAGAGAUUGAGAAAGCUACCGACAGUUUCUCCGACAAGAACAUGCUCGGAACCGGAGCGUACGGAACAGUCUACGCAGGCGAAUUCCCAAACAGCUCGUGUGUCGCUAUAAAACGUCUCAGACACAAAGACACCACAAGCAUUGACCAAGUUGUUAACGAGAUCAAGCUUCUUUCCUCUGUGAGCCACCCAAACCUAGUCCGUCUCUUAGGUUGUUGCUUUGCAGAUGGAGAACCGUUUCUAGUCUACGAGUUCAUGCCAAACGGAACGCUUUAUCAGCAUUUACAACACGAGAGAGGCCAAACACCGCUUUCUUGGCCUCUCCGACUCGCCAUAGCGUGUCAAACCGCAAACGCAAUAGCACAUCUCCACUCUUCAGUAAACCCUCCUAUCUACCACCGAGACAUCAAAUCUAGCAACAUCCUCCUUGACCACGAAUAUAACUCCAAGAUCUCUGAUUUCGGACUCUCUAGGCUCGGCAUGUCCACCGAUUUCGAAGCAUCUCAUAUCUCCACGGCUCCACAAGGCACUCCUGGAUAUGUAGACCCUCAGUAUCACCAAGAUUUUCAGCUCUCGGACAAGAGUGAUGUCUAUAGCUUUGGAGUUGUUCUCAUUGAAAUCAUCUCAGGCUUUAAAGUCAUAGAUUUCACCCGUCCCUACACUGAAGUGAACCUAGCCUCACUUGCGGUUGACAGGAUCGGAAAAGGGCGUGUGGUAGAUAUCAUCGAUCCCUGCUUAAAAACAGACAUCGAUCCGAAAAUGUUUGCAUCUAUCCACAACUUAGCCGAAUUGGCGUUUCGCUGCUUAUCCUUUCACAGAAACAUGAGGCCUACAAUGAUAGAAAUUACGGAAGAUCUCCAACGGAUUAAGCUUAUGUACUUUGGUACAGAAACAGAUAUGAAUAGACAAGGAUCAUCUCAGAGAGUAUAUAUAAAAAAGUAAACACUCGGCAGAGAUUAAAAACUUCAACAUCUUCAAUAAUAUGAAUGAUGUGAUUCCUACAUAGCCAGAAUAUUCGACUGUUGCAUCUAUAAACACCUUACAUAUUUUAACUAGUUAAGCUUUUUCCAUA